GCCAACGAGGGGAGGCGGCCGGCGCGGUCACGCGCUGCGGUGACGUUCCAAGAACAUUCUGGAUUUCAACCAAUCCCCGAUUCUCGUUCACGUUAAUCCCACAUUUGUAAGAGUCGUAGUAAAUAGAGCGACUGUACAAGUGGACCAAGUGAUACUUAAACGGAAUAACAACAGCAUUAAAAAUAAGAGCGACAGGAAGUUAGAAGAGGAAUUCCGCUUCACACGAACCCCGCGACAGAGAAGCUGCUCCGGCUGCCGGAGUGGGGAUUUAAAGUGGAACUGGAAGCGCCGAGCCGGGCCGUUUGUACCGUCGAGCGAGCGAGCGAGCGCUUUUUUUCCGCGGGCGGUACAGAUAAAUAAAGAUAGGUUGUGAAGCGCAGAGGAGGGGGCGAUUACUUACGGUGCGGACCCGGGCCGCGGGGUGGCUGCUGGAACAGCCGGCCCUCCCGCCGCUCCCACCCAGCCCCAGCCCCAGCCCCAGCCCCAGCCCAGGGCUUCGAUCGCUCAGGCUCGGUCGCCUCGGGCCGUUUUCUGCACACGGACCCAGAGGGGCGGACACGCCUUAGCCGCCGCUGAGUCGCACCGUGAUGCGGGCCUGUGUGGAGGCGGACUGGGGCCUACCGUCGGUGACAGCGCUGCGGGCUCAGCCGGCCUCCCCCCGCCUUGCACCUUAGCUGCGGUGCUGCUGUGGAAGUUGGGUUGGGGCCGAAACUGGUGCUCGGUCGGUGUCCGCUCCGCCUGAAAGUUGGGAUCGCUGUUUCGGGAGGGUUUAGCGCCUCAGCUCCCUCCCCACCUCCCCGGCCUUAGUUUUUGUCUUUUUUGGUCCCGUAUUGCUCAUUUUUUGCUCACAUUUUCCCUCCGUGUUCUCCCAGUCUGAUGUGUAUUUCGCCGUUUCGUCGGGACUCUUUUCCCUCGGGCUGUGGAGACCUGGCUGUGUGUCCUGACCUGAGGAGAUUUCGCCCCCCCGUCCAGCUGGCCGGAGCCCCUCUGACUGCACACCUUGCAUCAUAUGUUAUUUAAUUAAAAAAACGCACAAACGCCGUCCGUCCGCUGGUUUAGCGAGGCCUGGCUGCCAGCAGUCGAAAUGAGCGAUUUCAGCAAGGAACUGGUGGAGCUGGUGUGGGGCCGGCCGGCCAGCGGCGCCAUGACCGAGUCUCUCUUCAGGAGGUGGACACAAGGCUUCCUGUUCAGCGAGUCGGAGAGUACGGCGCUGGAGCAGCUCGAGGGCGGCCCGUGCGCCGUGAUCGCGCCCGUACAGGCCUUUCUCUUGAAGAACGUCUUGUUCAACUAUGAGGGUUCCAACUGGCGAGAAAUUUCAGAGGAAGAGCAGAAGGCCGUGCUCUGUCACACGCUGUGCGAGAUUCUCGAGAGGGCCUCCCUGAACAAGUCCGGCUCUUACUGUUUGGCCACGUGGUCCAAAGGGAAGACUUCGGAGGAGAACUCGGAGAUCGGGGACACCCCGCCGGAGUCCAGUCGGCCCACUGAAGACCAGCAGCCCUCCGCCCUGCCCGCCGAGGAGCUUCGCUUUGAGCGAUUUCACACCUUCAUUCAGAAGCGGACGCUGAAUACCACUGGAGAGCUCAAGGAGGCUGUGCUGGCACUGUACGACAUGUGGAGGAACACAUACGGAGUGCUGCUCUUCCUCUACUCCGUCAUCUUGACCAAGGGUAUCGAGAACAUUAAGAAUGAAAUUGAAGACACUCUAGAACCUCUGAUUGACCCUGUGUAUGGCCAUGGAAGUCAGAGCCUAAUCAACCUCCUGGUAACCGGCCACGCUGUGUCCAACGUGUGGGAUGGGGACCGGGAAUGUUCCGGAAUGAAGCUGCAUGGCAUUCAUGAGCAGGCAUCUGUGGGCUUUCUCACCCUCAUGGAGUCUCUGCGCUAUUGUAAGGUCGGAGCCUUUCUCAAGUCUCCGCAGUUCCCUAUUUGGAUACUUGGCAGCGAGACCCACCUCUCUGUGUUUUUCGCCAAGGAAAUGGCCUUGGUGGCACCAGAGUCGCCAUCGGAACAAGCCAGGAGAGUUUUCCAAACCUUUGACCCUGAAGAUAAUGGCUUCAUCCCUGACACGCUGCUGGAGGACGUGAUGAAGGCGCUGGACCUCGUCACAGAGCCCGAGUACGUGAACCUCAUGAAGACCAAACUGGACCCCGAGGGCCUGGGCAUCGUGUUACUAGGGCCCUUUCUGCUGGAAUUUUUCCCAGAUCAGGAUUCUGGGAUCCCCGACUCUUUCCCUGUGUAUCACUGCAAUGGUCUUAAGCAGUCAAACCAUAAUGAGAAGGUGAUGUACGUGGAAGGGACAGCGUUGAUUUUGGGAUUUGAGGACCCCAUGGUACGCACUGACGACACCCCCAUCAAGCGCUGUCUUCAGACCAAAUGGCCGUACAUCGAACUGCUGUGGACCACGGACCGAUCUCCGUCGCUGAACUAGCGGUGGCCCCGCCAACGAACACCGCUCUGCGUUGUAGGAAUGCUGUACCGUACCUCUCCUGCUGUCCGGGAACGAACCGGAUUCCACCCUUCCCACAGUCUGCUACACACAGGACUCGUCUCUCCCCGCUCACGGUGUUUGAUACCCGCAGCCGUGCCUGAACUGUACAUAGACACGUUUAUACGCAGCACCCUGUUCUUCAGCUGGCAAUGUCCUUGUCCGGUUCACGUACACUACGCCAUCGCUUCUGCAUUCUCGUCUCGUUUCUUCCCCUCCGCAACAAAGCGCCUGAUUCACGUUAAACCCUCGACAACUAAUCAGUUUUGACAUUCUUUUGUGCUUCACUCUUUUUUUUUUUUUUUUGUUCUGAUUUUCUGAAUCUGUUCGUUUACUGCAUUAAAUGCAGAAGCAAUCCUACUGAAAUCCUGCUUAAUUUAAUAAGCUCUAAUAAGCUGUUCUGCACACUUACGUAGACACAGAGUAGUGAUUCACUGACGUGGUGCUGUCGGUUUAUGGGACAGUGCGACCAAAGCAUUUUGCGGGACGUGUAAACCACGUAUUUAAGCGGGAGGACCUUGAAGAAAUAACUACGCUAUGUUUACCUAUGUGUUCCUUUGCUCUGCCACUGACCGAAAAGUGUAUCUGAGUGAAAUGAGUGCGGAUUAAUUUGGGGUGAACCUUGUCGUGCUUCAUGUGUUCAUAAGGGACCAGCCGAAAAAGGCUAGCAUAUAACCUAAUGGGAAUUCUGGAGUCAUUAAUAACCUGUGUUAUCGAGAAACGUACAUUAUUGCAUCGGUUUUAACAUAACUGUUAGUCUGUUCACACCUAUUUAUUGUUGUUUUCUGCAUGAGGGAUCAAAAUGCAUCAUCAUGAUACACUAUAGUUCCUCCGUUAUUUAUUUUUGUGCCACUGGCUUUCCUGAGAAUAAAACUGUCUUUGUUGA